AUGGGAAAAACGGACCAAGUGGAAAGCAGCCCCAAGAAGGGGAAGAAGGAAGAAGCGGGCGGCCGCGACGUUGGGAAAAACGGAAGGGAAGAAAAGGACAGGGCCAUCCAGAAUUAUGAUCAACAUGAGGAGCACUUUAACAUGCCCCCAUGUGGUAGUCCCCAAUGUGAAGGCGGAAGUGAAUCUGCGAGGAACGACCCACAGUUAGAGGCCCCCCUGGGUGAACCGCGUCUUCACGGGUGCCGCUCUGUGGAGGGGGGUGACGAAGUGGGCACGCACAGAGACACGCAGAGCAACCCGCAGAGCGACUCACAUGGGGGUACCUCCAGUUAUGAAACCCCUCAGGAAGGAACAAUAGAGGCACUCCCGAACGAACCCCCUCACGAGGGGGACAUGAACUGCGACGAGGUGCUCUCGAUUGUAAAUUACUUGGUAUCCGUGGAGAGGGAGGACUUUAAGGAGGAGUGCCCCGCCGGGGGUGGUAGCGGUGGCGGUAGUUGCUACGGCGGCGAUGAUGAUGCCCGUGAUAGGGCCCAGGGCGAGGGUCGAAGGGGUCAUUCCCCCGAGGGCACUUCCACUGUCGCGGAUUCCCCCAGCGCGUCUCCUCCAAAGGGCGAAAAGGACAGCUGCGAUCCGAACCAAAGGGACCACCUGGCCCAAUACGACAUAAAAUACAGGCACAUUUUCAACUCAAUGAUAGACUACAUUUUUUCGCACCCGAGUGGCCACUUUUUGCAGCUGAGCAGUCAGAGGGAGGGGGGCGACAGGAGAAGACUCGGCGGUAGUGUACGGGGCAGGAGAAGACGCACCUCCAGCAGUGGAGAGGAAUCCUCAAACGGGUGUGAGCUCAGUUGGAAGAAAUGCACCCAUAGUGAUUGUACAUGUGUCCGUGAGGUGGGUCCCCCGAAGAGGAGAGAAGAUGCGCCCUGCGUAAGCGACCACCAAGGGGAGAAGCCAACACGGAGAGGAACGGGUGUGCCAUACCACUUGGCAGAGCUGCCUCAGGGGGGACCUCAAACUGUGCAGAAGGGUCAGCCAAGUGGGGGGCCCCCCCCAUGUGACAUUAAUGGACGUAAUUUCAGCAGAGAAAUCGUCGGGGGAGAAGCGACCUCCGAAUAUGUGAACGCUCGGAGCAACUCCCCUUCGAAUGACCCCCAGAUCGUUAAAGACCAAACGGAGAAGGCCAAAUCGAGGGGGAGGCACAGCAACCAAAUGGACACCCAUAAGGUAGACACUAUAAGGGCAAGGAUAGAGACACUUCAGAAGGGGAUAGUUUCCAGCCUCAGUAAGCUGAGGGGUAAUCCCCGUGGAGGCACCGCGGGGGGAGACCCCCAAGAAGGGAAGAGAAAUGGUGAGGAUAUCCCCACGUUGGCAAGCAAACCGGGUGAAAAAAAUAUGUAUACUUUUUACAACCUGGUGAGUCACCCCCCCCUGUAUGAAACCCCCACUGGUUGGCAAAGUGGACGAGCGUAUUUACAUGCCCCAUGCGAAAGGAGGAAACGCGUAGGGAGAAGAAUGAACAGAAUGAUGCGCGCCCUUUUACCUGAGGGAAGAAAGACAAUCCUCUGCUGUGUGAGCACCGAUGAGGACUUGCAUGUUUGGAGCCACAUCCCUUUCGCUGACUUCAGUUUUGCCCUCGGAGGUGUCCCCCAGGUGGGUCCCUCUUGCUGGGAGGCUCCCCCGGAUGGAAACCCCGCCAAGAGGUACUCCCCCAGUUGCUACACUGGAAGGAAUGGCAGGUGUGAGGGUGGCGAGGAUGACAAGGAUGGCAAGACUGCCCAUAUUGACGAGCCCUCCCCGAUUGGCGAGCCCCGCCGAGCGGACAGAAUCCAGUUUUACUUCCACCUCAGGGAGUUCACCAGGCAGCAGUACAAACUGAAUAUGCUCGGGGAGUACCUGCAGGUGAAGCAGCUUACGGAGUCGACUCGCCAUUUGGGAGGAGAUUCCUCCGCAGGGGGCAACUACAACAGUGCCCACUUCACUCGUAGGGAGGUACACAUCAAGCGGUUCGAACUACUGCACCGAUAUUACAUACAAUUUUUAAGUAGGUUCUUCUUGGAGGGGGACACUUCCACGGAGGAAGCUACCCUAAACAGGUUGAAAUGGCACAUGUGCGGUUUGGACAGAUGCUCCAGCGAUUGCGUAGGUGAGCGGCAGCAGGGGGGGGGCCCUUCCUCUUUGGAAGCGUCACCAGUGGAGACCACAGAGGUGGCGUCUUCACGAGAGGAAACUUCACAUAGGAGACCUUCCCUGCAUGAUCGGUCUGCUAAUCUUUCGAGGGAGAUGGGGGGUAGCCUCCCGGGGUGCCCCAGCGACAACGCUGAGGGGAAGGUCAACCCGGAGGUGGGUCCCCACCCAAGGGGCGGUGCCAGAGACGGUGCCAAUUCCAUUGCCAGUGUCACCUCCACCCCCACCGCCAACACCCCCAUGAGCGCAAACAAAACUGCGGAAGCGCGCGAGCGGAGGCUCCUCUACAGGUACGCGAAAAGGGUAGGGCGUUUUUUGCGAAGGAGUAGAGCGGACGACCCGGGGAAGCUGCCCCUUGGGAAGAUGAGGAAAAUUGUAAAAUCCCUGUGCGAGGUGUGCGCCGUUAGGUACAGGUCGUUCCUCUCGCAUGAGCUGUUCAGGUUGGUUUUUAAGUCGUCCGGGUGUAGGAAGUGCGUGGAGAGGGAAAGGCGGGAUAGGCCACCAGAUCUCACAGCGCGGGAGGAGGUGCCCCACCAGGCGAAGCCUCCACAGCCCGCCGCGCAAAGGAGGCCAGUAAAAAUAAUCCUCAAGAGGAACAUCAAACUCUGCAGAGAUCCCCAACUGGAGAAGCACUUCAAGCUGGAUGACAGCCCGGAGCGGAGUGGCAGAAAUGGGGGGGUAAUCACACACAGGGUUGAGGAGCAGUGUAAAGAGGACCCACCCAAUCGGCCAGUCAUGGAUCAUCCGAUCGGGUCUACCACCGCACCUCCAAGUGAGGCUCCUCCCCAUCCGAACGUCCCCAUCGAAGAGGUGAAAAAAGCGAACAUGAUAGGGAAAAAAAUAGACCAAGUGGAAACCAGAAAGACGAAGGGGAAAUGCGGGAGGGAUGUAAAGGGGUCCGACGAGGGGAAGAAGAAGAAAAGGGAUCGCCAGGGAAAAACACCAUACGAUGAGGAAGUGGCGAAGAAAAGGACCCGCCCGGGAAAAACACCAAAUGGUGAAGAAGUGGAGAAGAAAAGGAAGAGGGGGAAGUCCCCCCCCGGCAAAUACCCACCCGCAGAUAGCUUUAAAACUGAGGAAGGCGAUCAGCAGAGGAAAGAAAUAAAUCCCAGCGCCUACCAUAGUAAUCAUUCCGGGGGCAGCACUUCCCCCAGUGAGGAGCAACGAAAGCAGAGAAGGUUUUGUAGAAAAACGCGUAAAAAGGAAGGCAAAGAUAGGCGCAUUUAUUAUGUGUAUUUGAAGGGCCAGCUGGGGGUCUAUUUGAAUCCCCAAAGGGAGGUGAUUUAUGAGGGGCGCAGUUUAUUUUUUAAAGGGGGCGAUAGGAAGAGGCAACCCUUGGACAUGCACUUUGAUGAGGUUUUUUCCCGCGUCUUCUUCAGCAAAAUUUUGCCCACAUGUGUGGACGAGAUCCGCGUUAGGGAGGUCUCCGCCGGGUUCGCCCAAAGAGGGGGGGAAAGCGAUGGAAGAGGCAGGAGUGGUAGCAUCCGUAGCAGUAGCAGCAGCCGAGGCAGUGGCCAGGGAAGACGUUCCUCCGGAGAGACCAGCACCGAGGAGGGCCAAAGCUUAAGGGGACGAGCCACCAGAUGGAAAGGCACCACCAGUAAGGCCCACAAGCUGAAGAGGGACCAAGUUGUAACUCUCUUUGAAAUUUUGUACAAAAAUUUUUAUAAAUGUUUUUCCAGGCUGAAUGUGUGUUCCUUGCUGGGGACGUAUGGCAGUGACUGUUCUGUGGGUGGUGAGGGCCCCUCACAAGAGGGGGGUCCCCCCGACGAAGUCAGCGAAGCGGGCGAAUUGGGCGAAGUUGACGAAGCUGGCGAAGCGCAGAACGCACAUUACUACCACACCUGUCGGGGCAGCUCCCCCCAAGACUUCUUCCAAUCGAAUAACAAAAAUUUCAUCCGAAGAGUCCUUCAUCAUGUGAAUAACACGCUGGGCGAUUUUUCCUUUGUUCAAAAAUUGCUCGACGAAUAUGAACAUGUGGAACGGGUGUGUGCAGACAGAAUCGCGAAGGCGUUUUCGGAUUGCAGUGAUGAUGAGGUGGCCUUUCGCGAGGAGGAUAGAUAUUACAACGUCAUUAGGGACCACUUCGUGCGAAUCAUUGUCCCCUUUUGCGAGCGAAACGGCGGUUAA